ACAGUGAUGCACUGCUAGAGGAGGAAGCUAGACGAGCGUAACGACAUUUUUUAUUUUACCAUGAGUGAGCAGGAUAUUGAUAUAGAUUUUCUCAUAUCCUUGGUCCAAGAAAGACCCAUUAUAUGGGAUAAAUCACACGAACAUUACAGUGAUAAAUUUCGUAAAGCGAAUGAAUGGGUAGCUGUUUGUAAAAAAAUAUUUCAAGAUUACGAGGAGUUUGAGGACCAAAAAAAGAACAAAAUUGGUAACGAGGUUGUGAAAAAAUGGAGAAGCGUGAAGGACAACUUUUUUCGAUACGUAAAAAAAAUAAAAGAAAACAGUUCGUCUGGAUCAGGGGCAAAACAAUUGAAGAAAUAUCAUUACUACAAUCAGUUGCUGUUUUUGAUGAAAGUUGCCCAAAAUAAAACUGAUAGUAGCCUUGAAAUGGUGUCUGAAGAAACGGAACGAAAUGAAAACACAGCAUCAUCUUCUCCAUUUCCUACAAAAGAAAUGUCCUCGUUACCCCCAGGUCCUUCUCGCUACGUGCCUGCAAGCCGUAAGAGAUCAAACCAAGCAAUAGAUGAUUUCGAGGCGCAAGCUUUAAAAGCGUUGCAAGAGAAAGAAAACCGCCACUUAUCAUUUUUCAAAGGAAUUUUGCCUUCUUUGGACAGCUUUACGGAAUUACAAACUUUGACAUUCCAAAGCAAAGUUAUAAAUAUCAUUACCGAAAUUCGGUUCGGGGAACAGACUCAAUCAACAACAUGGCAGUCACGCGGAUAUCAAACUGGACAACAGUAUCAAGCAACACCAUUGCAGUCACGCGGAUAUCAAACUGGACAACAGUAUCAAGCAACACCAUUGCAGUCACGCGGAUAUCAAACUGGACAACAUGCCCAGUCACCAUCGCCAUCAUCGUAUCGAACAGAUGAAUUCGAAGCUACCUACUCAACCAACACUACGAUUAAUAAUUUUACUGAUGAUAGUCAAGAAGAAGAUUAUAACUUUGUUUUGUUGCCUAAUAGUAAUACUUAAUA